GCCCACCCUGACACAAUGCAGGGACGUCACGCAGCUCAAAUUUGUUUUCGUCGGCACCUUUUCACCGUGUUGACAACUAGAGCGUGCAAUCCGAUCUGGUCACCGAUUUCUCGGAGACAUUGCCGAUGGAGGACAAGGCGUCGGGCCCAAACGCGACGUUUGGCGAGGGCUUCCAUUCGAGUGGUGAGUGCGCAGAAAGCGUUGCACAUCGCCAGCCGGUUAUGAAACCGAUCAGUGAGGACCGCGACGUGUCACAUGACACACAAGGCGGCGACGUCAACGUUGUGUCCACGCUACCUGUAUGUCGCCGACUCAUCGACGCCGUACUUGCUGCCAGAGUGGAGACCUUCUUGGCGCUGUACUUGGUAUCCCGUUUCAUGACUACCACGCCAAUACAGGACCUGCUUCUCCGCAAGGCUUGCCUCAACGAGCUGCACAUGAACGCGAGCGUGUGCGCGCGCUUGGACAAAAACGAGUCCAUCAAGGACGCAGCCGAACGGAUCUCGAGCACGACGAGCACCGCGCAGACCAUCGUUGCCAUUCUGCCCUCUUCAGUCGUCGCCAUCUUCAUUGGACCCUGGUGCGACAAGUACGGCUACAGGUUGCCGCUGGUGGUCGCAACCUUGGGUUUUCUGGCGAGUACAGCGCUGUCUCUAGUGACGGUAUACCGCCUGGAAAUGCCGCUGUACGCCAACAUCCUCACCUCCAUCCCGGACGGCCUCAGCGGGGGUCUCAUCACCGUCUUCGCCGCAGUCCACAGCGUGGCGGCUGUCACGACAGGCGUGAAGGGCAGGAGGGCCCGCUUCUUCGGGCUCAGCAUGGUCAUAGUCCUGUUCAUCACGGUCGGCGGUUUCCUCGGAGGACAGCUGUACGGCCACUGCGGCUUGAAGACGGUGCUCGGCGUCUCUCUAUUCUUUGCCAGCGUGGCUCUUCUCUGGGCCUUCCUGGCCAUCGAAGAUAUCGUGAUGCCCGAGCACGAGGCGGACGGCGUGGCGCUGAAGCUGCGAAACCUCUUCAAAGUCAACAAUCUGUGCGAGGGCUUCAAAUGCACGAUGAAGGCCAGGCCUAAGAAAGGCAGGGCGCAGAUCUUGUGCCUCUUCGGCGCCACCUGCGGAGUUGUGUUCGAGCAGACCUCCAAGUCUAUCGACUACUACUACGUGCGCAAAAUGUACUCCUGGACCGUGGAACAAUACACGACCGUGCAGACCGUGACGUCGCUGGUGUGCUUGGCGUUGUACGUGCCACUCAUCUACCUUUUCCUGCGAGUGUUCAAGAUUAGCGAUCCCGGCAUGGCAGUCGUCGGAGUGUUCUUUGCAACCGCGCAGAUGGCCGUGCUGGGACUGGCCUACACGGAGUGGCUGUACUAUCUCAGCCGCGUGGUGGGCAUACCAACUUUCCUGGCAAAGGCGGGCAUCCGUACGCAUCUCUCGAAGCUGGUGGGAAACAACGAAGUUGGCAAGGUGUUCGCAUUCCUUUCUUCGUUCGACACUGUGGUACCACAGGCGGCGGACGUACUACUUACUUGGCUGUUCAACGUGUCCAUCACCUUCAUGCCGGGUCUUCCCUACUUAGCCGCCGCCGGAAUUACCGGAAUCGCCGUUGGUCUCAUGGGCUACGUCACUAAGGUGCACCGGCGGUACAUCACUUAUGAAGGCAUGCCCAACGCAGAGGAAGCAUCAGCAGCCGUCAGUAAUUGAAGCAAGAUAAGGCAUAUGGUCAACAGAAACUCGGAUCGUCAGAAGGCGAGCCAGCAUGGCGUGCUAUAGUGUGGUCACCAUUGACUGUGGGCAACUGGAGAAAGCGUUGCAGGCCAUGCGUUUGGUGCGAUCGCAUGUCUUUGUCUGGGUCAUCGAUUAAUCGGUGUCAAACCUCCUGUAAGGAGGCAGCUGCUCAGCUCGCUUUCAAAAAGUAUUGCUCAGAAGGACCGAAUGUUGAGCAAAUUGUUUGGGAUUCAUGGUGCAGAAACGCUGGCACGAAGAAAUGCCUAAAAGUAUAAGGGCAAGGACAACUCAAACGCUCACUGUCACCUCAUCAGUAAAUAGUCAGAUGAUAGUCUGUGUUCUAAACCGGAAAGUCAUCUGACAAGGGUCGUUGUCGGAUAUUUGUGUUACACACUGCUUGCCCUCUUCGGGCCCAUGCAGGAGGGAGUGUAAACGAAAAGAGAGGCGGAGAACGACUUGUCAUGGACAAAGUCUUCGUUUCAUAUAUCUGAGAGCAAUUUACAUAGAGAAAUAGCAAGGUAGUGAUAACAUCCUACUUCGUACACAACAAUAUCUGCAAUUAUGAAAAAGGAUAUCAAAUAUAGCACACACAAAAAUGUAAGAAUUUUCUGCAGAUAUUUUCCGCAUCGCAUACACGCAUGCAAAGGAUCAUAUGAUAAUUUUUAUUGUAUGUCUUACUUCAUCACUAAUUUUCAAGCGAUGCACGCUAGCAUAAUAAAGAAUUCUAUAUUAUGCUAGAAUUAAACACUCUCUCGGAUAGCCUGUGCCGAAUGGAAAUCGCUUGAGGGAGCAGGUAAAAUUGCCUAUUGGUGCAAUUGCAAAAUUGGUGUACAUUACCGUGGCUGAGAGGUUGCCUUAAUGAUUUAUUAUGGUGUGUUAAUAGAACCCGUGCGAUUGGCUCAUUUAUGCAAUGUUCUUGCAAUUUCUUAACGUGACCGCUUGGUAAAACUGAUCGACUGCUUGUACCCACGUUUGCACGCCUGCCAUUACAUGCCAUGAGUAUUGCUCGUUCCAGGCACUACUGCCGGCGCAGAUACGCCGCUUCGUUUUCAGUAACCUCCCUGUUCCCACACCGUAGCAGAAAAAAAGAAGUGGCAAGCAGCAUCUGCCGUAUGUCACAUUACAUCACAGCUGUCAGCACACCGCACGUAUUGCAUUGACAGCGGUAUAGGGGUUUUGCAUUAUAAGUGGACAAAACUCGACAGACGCUGAUUUACACGGGAACUGGUUUGUCGCAGUAGUACGAGCCCCCGCAGUGAUUGCCAUUUCAUUUUUGUGAAGGUCAAUUGUUUUAAAGAUGGCUUAGGAGACAUGACAAGAGAUUUUAAAGUGUCCUCAAUUGACCUUGCCAUCAUUACAGCAAAAAAAAAAAAGUUUCUCAAUACCUGUAGGUGGCAAAACGUUCAGUACGCGCAGAUAUAUUUAUUGCGGUAUACGCCAAUGUUACAAGGGUAGUGGCAUUUGUAGAUUUGUGAUAUCUGUCCUCUGAUAGUAGUAAUAAGCACUAAGAUGAGGAAACGUGGUCUGACCUAAAUAACCUCAAUUUCAACACUAGAUACACGCAACGGCACGAGAAUAAAAAGUAAGUAAGUAAACAUUAACAUUUCCUCUGUAAUGAAAUACAACAUUUUGGUGACUGGGUAUUAUGUUUCUUGCCUAAACGAUCGCAUGUUUAAGAGGAUAAUAAUUGAGCGUAAUAAUUCCUGCCCGCUUUAUACUUUUAUAUUAGUCUUUUACUUAAUAUGUAUGAAGUAUGUUUAAACCCAUAUUUGCUUUAGAGCUUAGUGUUGUUUGUACGAUGCUGCCGCAGAAUUUCCAAGGGUAGUGUUUGCUUAUGUAGCUGACUUAUUUGCAAGAUCUUGUAACUUUUUAAAUAAGGUAUUAUGCUUUCAUAGUGCUGAAUCUGUGCCAAUGGUACGCAUUUCAUUCUUCUGUAGGGAGAAUUCAGAAGUGAGGUCCGUUUACGCCGUCGUUCUUCAUACUAAUGAGCAGUAUGUCUGGUGUAGAUGCAUCCUUGAGUGCAAAAUAAAACUAGCGCUUAGGAGUUAAUAGAAGGAAGUUCUCGUGUCUGAAGGUGACUUUACGGUAAUAGGACAAGGGCUCUCAAUAAAGUUGUUGUUCUGUUUCCUUUAUGGGAGUGUCGUGUAGUGAAUUAGCUGUUGAGCAGACCUCAGAGGUAUCGCGUUACAUUGAAUCAUUAGUUUAAUUUAACAAAACUUUGGGCAUGUAAGACAGCUUGAAUAGAAUUAGCCGCGCAGGUGCUCUUGGCAUCAUGCGAGAAUCCUAACGCACAAGGCGUGCACGAGGUUCCGAUUAAUCAUGGUACAUGUUGUUCUGGCCCAAAUAAGUUGCCUAACCUGGAGAAAACAUCUUGCCUUCGCUUACUGCGCCACAUUUUUUUCUAAGCAAUUAUAACUGAAUAGAAGUUUCUUGCGCAGCGCAACAGUCAUAAAUGCUGAGAAAAUGGCCUCUGCGUUGCACACAAUGAAGGAAAGAUACGUAAGAGGCUCUCACGGCUUGGAUCAACAUUCAGUCUACCACACGCUCAAACCAACAACCACUUUAGCGAAAGAAUAACAAACACGGCACAGUGUUUUCAUUGGAACAUGGUUCUUUCUGAACGAUGUUUUUCUUGGCUGACCUUUAAUACAAUUAAAUGAGAGUAAGUACUACACACGCGCGCCUCGUUGCUUUGAAAACGUCUACUUCCCAGGUAAAGAAGAAUGGCAUAAACGACAGGUAGAUUGGGAUGAACAGGCGCACAUAUAGCAUCGCGUUGUCAUUACAACGCUUUCUCCAUGCUAUACUUCCAGCUUCAGGUUUCUUGAGCAUUUAUUCACCGUGAUGAGAGCAACGCAAAACACAGAAAACACUACCUAGAAAUAUUAUGAAGAUGUAGUGUUAACUGAACUCGAUAGUUGUAUUCGUCUGCUGUUGUACAGUGCCCCAAACUUAAAGCGCUGGUUGAUGACAGACUGUGAAAAAAAUUUUGCGCCUUGUUACGUGUGAACUGGGCCGAAUAGUGACUAUAUAUAAACUACAUUAGGAAGGCCCAUGAUAGUCCUUGAUAGUCCCGAUAGUCAGGAUAGCCACGAUAGUCCUAUGGCUACGGCGUUGCCAAGCUUACGUCAAUGCUGCAGGUUCGAUCAUGGCCGCGUCUGCCACAAUUCAAUGGAGGCGAAAUGAAAUAACACUCGUGGAUUUAGAUUUAGGUUCUGGUUAUAAUUAUUCUGAAUUCAAUAUUCUGAAUAUUCUGGUUCAAAAAUUAUUCUGAAUUCCCCUCACUACGGCGUGCCUCGCAAUGAGAUCGCGAUUUCGGCAAGUUUUGCCUCAGAAUCUAUUUUAACAGUCUCUUAUCGAAGAAAAGCAAACAAGGAAAGCCUAAAUUCUUUCUGUAUUUGAAGAAAAUUUGUGAAUAAAGAAAACUUACACUGAUGAUGAACGCGCCGUUGUAUAAUGAGCGUUGCGAUGUUGCGAUUUGCGUAGCGACGUGUGUGAAACAAUGUUGCCAAUUCAGCCAAUUUAUGGGUAGACUUAUUGACUUUCUUGUGUGUUAAGAGAAAAUGUUUUUUUUUUCUAUUUAGUGACCGGGGACAUUUUUUAGCGACAUGACAGAACAAUUGGCGCUAUUUGGUCGCCUUCGAAGUUAUGAACUUCCUUCGAGGUUUCCUUUCUAUAUGAUGCACUUUAUUAUUCACAAAUACAAGAAAGCAUUAAAAGUUGACUGUAAGG